GCGCGCUCGUUGUCUCUGGGAUAUCUGUGCGGGCGCGUGAGGCGCGGGGCUGUGACGCCGCUCGCUCUCCCGCUCCCGCCCGUUAACCGUCCGCGCCCCCGCCAUGUUCUCCUACGAGUACGUCACAGAGGAGCAGCUGGCCGGAUUCGACAAGUACAAGUAUAGCGCAGUGGACACCAAUCCGUUGUCUGUGUAUGUUAUGCACCCCUUUUGGAACUCUGUAGUAAAGAUUUUACCUACCUGGUUGGCACCAAAUCUGUUGACAUUCUCUGGUUUCGUGCUGCUUGUACUUAAUUUUUGUAUGCUGGCCUAUUUUGAUUAUGAUUUUUAUGCUUCAGGUGAAGGUUAUCAGCACGUUCCAAGUUGGGUGUGGGUUCUCGCUGGUUUCCUAAACUUCACAGCAUACACGCUAGAUGGAGUUGAUGGGAAGCAAGCUCGACGAACAAACUCCAGCACUCCCCUUGGAGAACUCUUUGACCACGGUUUGGACAGCUGGGCAUGCAUAUUUUUUGUGGUCACUGUUUACUCCAUCUUUGGACGUGGGGCGGCAGGUGUUAGUGUCUUCACGCUUUUCCUCAUAUUGUGGGUAGUAUUGUUUUCCUUCAUCCUAUCACACUGGGAGAAAUACAAUACUGGAAUUCUUUUCCUUCCUUGGGGAUAUGACCUGAGUCAAGUGACCAUUUCAAUUGUUUACAUUAUAACUUCAAUUGUUGGAGUCGAAGCUUGGUAUGGACCCAUUAUCCUCAAGUUCCAGUACAGAGACCUCUUCACUACCAUGAUUUUGAGUUGUGCCUUUAUCAUCACAUUUCCUGUGAGUUUGUACAAUGUUUUCAAGGCAUAUAGGUCUGGCACUCUGAAGCAGCAUUCUUUUUAUGAAGCUAUGCUUCCAUUCAUUUCGCCACUAAUGCUCUUUGGUAUCUGCAUGCUAUGGGUCUGUACGUCACAAUAUGAUGUUAUAGAGAAACAUCCAAGAAUAAUAUAUUUCUUGGUUGGGACAGCAUUUUCUAAUAUUACGUGCAAACUCAUAGUUUGCCAAAUGAGUAACACUCGCUGCCAGCCCCUCAGCUGCCUUCUCCUGCCUUUGGCUGUAGGUGUGAUCUUUGUGAUCUCUGGUGUUCUACAAGACAAAGAGUAUUAUCUUCUUAUCAUCUUGACCAUAGUAAUAACUGCUGCACACAUUCAUUAUGGAGUAUGUGUGGUAAAUCAGCUGAGCAAACAUUUUAACAUAUGCGCCUUCUCCUUGAAGAAACCAAGUACAGAAUGACUAGAGGAGGAGCAGAAAAUAUGUUUACAGGCUUCUGAAGUAUUGUAAUGAAUGGUCAUUUCAGCAGCCUGUGAAUGCUUUAGCCAUCACUGCAAACUGUCUACCAUCAUCACUAGAAAACAGAAGAAUCAGACUGUCCAUUUAUAAGUAUUAAAAUAUUGUUUUAUAAGUGAUUUGCUGUUAAUACAAGUGUAAUAGUUCAAUUAAGUAUUUAAAUAGACAUUGAAAAUGCACAAACAAAAAUUGUGUGCAACUGACUAGCACUGGAUUUUAUUUUUGUGAUGCUCACAUUAAAUGUGCUGUUGAAGUCUUUAAUAAAUAGAUGGUAGCAUGCAUCCAAGAAAAUAUGAAAAACUUCAACAGAUUUCUAUUUUAUAGAUUCAGUCUGGGUCAUGGGCAUUACGAUUAUGUUUUUGUAAAUUACUCAUUGGAAGAUCUGUAUACCUAUAUUUCCUUAAUACAUGUUCUCAAAGACCAUUCCAUUUUUGCUUAUAAUGCUCAUCAAUGUUUUGUUUAUUUAUAGCUGACGAGCAAAUCUGAUAAUGGAAAUUGAUGUUUUUUUUAAAGAGUAUGAGAGGGUGGCAUAUUGGAAAUUGUCAAAAGCCAUAAUUGAAGCAUGUAUUUGAAGAUUUUUUGAAUGAGUAAAUUAUAAAAUUUACAAAGGGAAUUGAAUGAAAAUGUACAAUUGUUUUGAACAUUGAUAGUUCUCGGAAACCAAUCAAAACCUUCUGUUUUCAUUUUUCAAAUAUUCAGCUUUGUGAUGGUGAAUGCAUGUUAAUUUUCUGCUUUAAUUUAGUUUAUUUCAUGGAUUGUGCUUGAAUGAAGAGUAUACUAAAAGCCUUGGAGCAAAGUAUACUUGGAAGGAAUAAGCAUGACUAACAGCAAUUGUUUGUAUAGAUGCAAAAACAAACUAUUUGUACCUAAACUGUGUUUAGGAAAGGCAAUGAAUACAUUGUGUGGAUUUUCACAUUUUAGUCAUUUCACUUCAGUGAGGGUUUGGUGGUAUUUAUGUCUAGAUGGUCCUGCUUGAUGGUGUAACAAUUUGGUAUGAUGAAUCCUUAAUGUGAGCACAACUUAGCAAACACCUUUUUACAUAGAGGUACUGUAUUUCUUACUGGUGACACCAUAAUAAAAUAUGUCAACAAUAUUCACCUUCAUCGGUGUAAUUUCUGUUAAAAAAAUGUAUGGCAAUGGAAUUGUCAGGUCGGUCAUUUACACACAUUUUUUUGUCCGAUUUAAAGCAAUUCAACUAAAAAAAUUAAUUUACCAGAAAGAUGAAACAAUAUUGAUAUCUUCCUCUGACAUAUUCCACUCUAUGGCUUUAAGAUUGCAGAGUGCAUCUUUCAUUUACAUUUAGAAAUUGUGUUGCACACUACAACCGUAUAAACGUUUCCAAAAAUAUACAAAAUAGACUUGUGAUGAUAUUAUUACAUGCCUUAAUUCUUUAGAUUAUUUAUCAACCUGUGGUACAAAAGUGAGAUAAUUUGUGUACUGUGGAAUAGUUGCACUUGUGUAUUGUCUUUGUAUAUUAUCGAGCUUUUCUUUCAGAAAAAUCAUGUUUUUUCAUUUAUAAUUUCAACUGUAAUUUGCACAUGCUUAUUUCUGUGUUGUGACAUCUGUAGAACAGAGUUCAUAACAUUAAGCCUUGAUGCAGUUUGAUCACUGAAAAUGAAAUUAUCGUAAGUAAAUUUGUGUUCAGUAAGUCCAUCCAAAUUGUUGCCAAAAUCAUUUGGUUUUGGAACACCCUGGGUUAAUAAUUGGAGAUGUUUGGAGUUCACGGGAAUAACUUGACAGGUGAAAAAAGAAUCCUAUAUUUAUUGAAUGUUUCAACAGUUAAUAUAAACACACUGCAGCUUUUAUGUUUGAGCUUUCAGUCCAUGUUUUGGACUUUAUUCUCUUUUGCAUUUGUGGAAAAGUUUAUUGGAUCUUUGGAUCGACUUCUUCAUUCAAACCAGGCCAGAAAGAGCAGUCUGGUUAGUCACAGUGUUCUGAUCUAGUUUCAAGUUAUGUUAGAAAUUAACGCAUGUGGAUGUGUAAUUACUAGGGACAUUAUUACACUUCAUUGAGUCCACUGAGAUUUAAUUGUUCCAUAAUUAGUAAUCCAUAAAGUAGCCAUGAACUUUAUCUUUGUGUUUCCUUUGUACCAUAGUAGACCUUUUGAUUCAUCAAGUUUAUGCUUAUUCUUGGCACAAAUGCAAGACUUCCAUUCUCCCUAGUCUUGUUUUCCUGCGAUCAAUUUUCUCUCUUAUGCCCAUGAAUUCUUCGAUUUUCUUUUGGAUGUGGAGGAAACUUACAUCGUCUCAGUGUGUAUAAAUACCAGAAAGACAGCAUACAAGGUCAGAGUGAAUUCCUGCUGCGCCAUCUUUUGUUAAAUUGCUUCAGCAUUUAUAAAGGGCAUGCUUAUUUAUUUGAUGUGAUGUUGCUGCCUGCAGCCAUGUACAAUUAAUAAAGAAGCAAUGGGGAACCAAAUAAAAUUAAGUCCAAGAUGGUGGCUAUCAAGUCCAGUGAGUGGCUAAAAAUCAUUUAGUUUUAAGGAUUCAUGUGUGAAUGGUUUUUGGAGUGGUGUAAAUGUUCUUAAAUAAUUUCUAGUCGGCUUUCAUUUUGUACAAUCAUCUGCAGUAUAUGGGUACCAUUCUUUCAUUAAACAAGAAAUUGAACUGUU